AGAUCAUACAAUCCGGUCAUUUAAACCUGCUGGGACAGAAGUCAGUUUAAAUCGUACAGUAUUAUACUUGCUAUAUAAUUGGACUUUCUUUGUGAAAUGGGAACGUUAAUGGAUAUAAUAUAUAUCCUCUUAGCCCUUGCUGGGUUGCUCUUUUUCAUAAAAAGAAAAAAACCUAAAGGAAAAGUAAUUGCAGGUCCAAAGGGUUUACCAGUGUUAGGAUGUAUCCUUGAAAUUGACAAUGAAACUGUUCAUUUCAAAUUUUCGGAAUGGGCCGAGAAAUUUGGUGACAUAUUUCGUGUCAAGAUGUUCUCAGACAACGUGAUUGUUUUCAACACGGAAGAAAAUAUACGGAAAGCAUUUGGCAGUGAAAAGUAUAAAAAUCAUUUCGGAGAUCGAGGUGAGAUGUUCUGGGGCGAGCACUUCCGGUGCCACAAUCAGUCGUUAACCUUUGUUUCAGAUGGAUCUGGACUUUUCCAUCGGAUAGCCAGGAAAAGUUACAUGCAAGCUUUACAUACCUAUGGAAGCGGACUUCAAGAGCUAGAAAAUAACGUCAUUACGGAAAUGACUAACUUUAUUGAAAGAAUUAAGAAAAGAUUCGGAAAAGAGUUCGAGUGUGUUUCCAUGUUACAACGUUCGUUGUCUAAUGUCAUGUCCCUUGUGUUGCGAGGAGAGUUGAUUCCCGACUCUGAUCCAGAUAGCAAUAUGUUUUGGGAUCAUGUUCAUGCAAACGAUUUCUUUCUGAAUCCGUACGUCAAUUUUGUGAUGUCCACGUUCCCUUUUCUUCGAUUCCUUCCAGGAAAAUAUGGUGAUGAGUUUAGAAAAUGUAAAAAGGCGAACGCUAAAAUAGCCAAUAAAUAUUUCUAUGAUAUGAAGUUCAGUUCAUAUGUCCGAAUUAUAUAA